GCGGAUCCCACCCGGAUGGCGCCAGGAGAGCUAUGCGUGGACGAGUUGUUGGCUCAUAUUCACAUCGCAACGAAUCUGGAGGUGGAGAAGGUGCCGCUCGACAUCAUCAUGGAGCCAUGUGGCUCUAUAAACCCACCAAGCGACGCAAGCCUUGAGCCCGAACUUGGUGGGAAGAAGAAGGACGCACUUCAACGAGGAGGACGGUCCUGCAGAUGGGGAGGAUGCGCAGGAGGCCGCACUUCAUGCAGACAAGCGGGCUUCAAAGAGGAGCCGAGGCGCAGAUACCUCCGCUUCAGGGGCCCAAUCGCAGGAGGGCCUCCGAGAUGGUUCUCCGAAGAGACGGAGGAUCGGGCAUGCCUGGACUACUCUAGUGUCCCAGUUGCACUGGUCCAACCCAUUGAGGUGGUGAAGCCCAAGAGGCCUCACACCACGUUUGCGCUUAGCAGGCGUGUGCGCAACAUUGACGAUGACACAGUGGGGUCCACUGCUAUGGGAAGUCGGCUGCUAAAGCCUCCGCGUCCAGCCCACAAAGGACUGAAGCCAUUGUCCAGAGCGUGCCGUCAGAAGUUGCUCCUUCGGAGAGCGGACCCGGAUCAGGCUGUCAUGGGCAAAGCAGAGCGGUGUUGCCCGGGGCUUGUACCGCUAAAGCCAUGGGCGAAGUGGAGGCGGUGUUGUCUGGGGCCGUACCGCUGAAGCCAUGGUCGAAGCGGACCUGAGAGGUCCAGGGCGGAUAUAGCUGAGGCCGCAGAGCCGCCCGUGAAGCCAUUCGAGAUGAGGCUCAUCGACCCCUUCUCUCUUCAGCAUCUUCGCUAGAGUUUGUUGUCGCUACCUCGAAGCCCGGUAUCAGGGGGAGAGGAAGGGAGUCCUUCACAUUGGUAAUUCAUGAACUUUGCCUUUUCCUAGCUUUCUCAAGCACCGCCGAACUAAUCAUCUUCUUUUAAGCCUCAUCCUAAUAUCUCUCUCCUCCAGACUCGAGGCCCUAUUUUUUUGCGUAAUAUCCAAUCUCACGAUGACAUCAAGCGCCAUGUGUAGUUUUUUUCAAGAACAUUACCCGAGUGUUGCAUGUCUUUUCCAUUAAGAAGAGAGGGACGAGGUUCACAAAUUACAUGUGUAGGCGUACAGGCACUCUGACACCAAUCCACCGUCGCAACAAAUUGAAGUAACUAAUGUACUUGAAAGUUAUGACCACCAUCCACCCUGGAUCUAUGCCAUAGAGCCAACUCGGCCUGAAUGUUGCUCACUACCACUGCCGGCGGGGAGGAUUUAUGAUCAAACAUACGGUUGUUCCUCUCGAGCCAAAUGAAACGAAGUGUUGUCGCGAUCGGUGUGUUAAUGUCUCUCCGAUGCCGAAGGGGAACGGCCAGGGUCGCCGUGGGCCACCAUUCCGACAGGGACUAAGACACAACCGAUCGCCAUGUGUAGUUGCACCCUGUGGUCAGAGAAGAUCGUUUUACGCUAGGACCGCAGCCUUUGACUAGUUCGCAGAAGCUUGUGGAAGAGGAUUUGGCAAGGCUCCACAUGGUCUGAUCUUUCAUUCCAAGCCUAGGCAUUUUUGUUGCUGAAGUUAAACUGAUGAUAGUUAGCCUUGUUGCUGAAAAUUUUAACUUGUACGCAAAGCAAAAAGGGGCACGCAUUUGAUCAUUGUCUAGUUCGCGUCA